AUGUUCAACUUUUACGCAUAUGAGGCAUCCCAGCAUAGUAAAGAAGUGAGCGAGAUUGAGCAAUACCGUGCUCAUCAUCGCCGCAUUUGUCGUGGUAUACAACCAGACUCAGCGCUUAAUCAAACUAAAGACUUUGAUGUUGAUGACGGACGCGCUCGUAAGAUGUCCGCCAGGUGUCGACGUCAGCAGCAACAAAUUCCGGUGAGCAACCAGUUCAGCGACAACGACGAGAUGCACGCCACUUUUAACGCCUUUGACUUUUCGGCAUCUCCCGAGGCUUUCAACGAGAUAUUGCAACCUUUUGAAGGGCAAGCUGCUGGUUUAUCUUGUCAAGGUGGUCAGCAACUGGACGGCGCAAUGAGCAAUAACUCGAGUUUGUGGGAACGACGAUUCCCAGAUCAUCGAAAGUCCGAAACUUCCGUCAGACAACUUCCAAAACUUGGAAAAGAUGCACUAUGGGGAGGUCACGUGCACUACGCGACGCACGACGCCCAGCGUCAAGCUUCGUACAAUCAGCCGCAAUAUUUUGCUUAA